AAAAAUUACGAGUACCCAUUCACGACUUCGAGAACUUUCCCCUCUCUCGCAGAAGAACUGUGCCAAGAAAUUGCAGUUGCCAACAACACAAAGAAGAAAUACACAUUCACUUUUAAUCCAACAGAUGCCGUUUCGCACAGAACAUCAAUUCGGUUUGUUCCUCAAAGCGGUACACUGUCUCCUGGUGUUGGUAUUAAUGUCAAAGUCUAUUGCACUUUUUUGUGUACAUCACACACUAAGGAUAUCGUCGACGUUUUUGCAAAAACAGAGAAAAGAGGUGAUGAAGGAGUCCACGCUGCCAUUAACAUCAUUUGCACAACAAACGUUUCAAGUAGAAUUGACUAUGAAGAGCUGGAGAAGUUCAACACUAUAGGCGAUGGCGCAUAUGGUGUUGUGUAUAUUGGAAAGUACCGCGGUUCUGUCGUUGCAAUUAAAGAGUCAAAACUCUUUUCCGAUGGUGAUGACGAUGAGAGUUUUGUCAAAGAAGUCGACCUGAUGGAUAAAAUGCGGUGUCCGUAUAUCAUCAAUUUCAUUGGGGCUUCUGUGACGCCAAAUCAUUUUUCCAUUGCGACAGAAUACGCUAAAUAUGGAAGUUUGAAAUCAGUAUAUAUAGACCCCAAGUUUACCACACUGCUUGGUAUAAAGAUCUUACUUGAUGUAUCAAAAGGAAUGGACUUUCUUCAUGAAAGUAACAUCAUCCACAGAGACAUCAAACCGGACAAUAUUCUCAUAGUUUCUUUGAAUAACGACGAAAACGUCAACGCCAAAAUUUCCGAUUUUGGUAAUUCGCGGGCGCUUACUGAAAAUAGUAUCAAAGAUUCUAUGACAAAGGCUCUUGGAACUCCA